GUAUUCGGGCUGUGAUUGGAGGAGCGGUGCGGGGUCAAAGGGUUUUCAAAAGCUGCUGAAACAAGCAGAAGCAAUGGAGACCAUAACCUUCACACCACCAUUGUAUAAGCAGAGAUACCAGCUGGUGUUUGAACUGGUGGAGAAAUAUAAAGCAAGGAAAGUAGCAGAUUUGGGAUGUGCUGAAUGCACACUGCUGUCACGCUUAAAAUUCUGCAGCUGCAUUGAAGUUCUUAUUGGAGUGGAUACAGACUUGGAACUGCUGAAGGAAAAAAUGUAUCGCCUUUCUCCCCUUCCAUGCGAGUAUCUGCAGCCCAGGGCUUCCAUGUUAACAGUGAGGUUGUACCAUGGAUCAGCAACUGUGAAGGACUCUCGUAUGUUGGAUUGUGACUUUGUUUCGUGCAUUGAAUUAAUAGAACAUCUGGACCAACCUGAACUCGAGAGGUUUCCAGAGGUGGUGUUUGGAUACAUGAAUCCAGCAGUUGUUGUAAUUACAACUCCAAAUGCAGAUUUCAAUCCCUUACUUCCAGGAAUAAUGCAAUUCAGGCACUGGGACCAUAGGUUUGAAUGGAGCAGAGCAGAAUUCCAAACUUGGUCUUUGAAGAUAGGAAGUUAUUAUGGUUACAGAGUGGAAUUCACUGGUGUAGGAAAAGGACUCCCAGGGACUGAGCAAUUUGGAUUCUGCACACAAAUAUCGAUAUUUCUGAGAGAGUUUCCAAAAACAACUCACAGGGAGGCUAAAAAUUCAGAGACAUUAUAUAAAUUGGUAUAUGAAGUUGUUUACCCAAGCCUGAAAGAUAAGAAAAUCUUACAGGAUAUUGUACUUAAUGAAGUGAUCUACGCGGCAGAAUGUGUCAGAAGGCGUCUCAUCAACAGUCAUUGUGAUGAUAAAGGGCAGGAAGCUGAGAAUUGCAACCAGAAUGAAAAGAAAUCUGUGCAAACUGAGGAUGGCAAACCUGCAAAAGCCUGUUUUAAGCCAAACAAUAGCGAGAGACUGAAAGUUUGCAGAAUUGAUGGUAAACUUCACAUUCCCUUGAUCAAUUUAUUCUGUGUGCCCAAAGUGCAGCAACUCAGUGGCUCCCUCCAGCGGCUGCAGGAGAUCCUACAGGCGACUGACCGAGUGGUGCUCAGUGCCUGUGGGUCCUCAAUCCUAUAUCCUGCCAAUGACAAUGGCAAUGACGACUAAUUGAUGGAGUCUCACUAUCAGUGAAUAGCAGUCAACGAUAUCACAAAAAUAAAUGAUAAACGUAUUCAAAUCAAAGUGCAGACAUGUGCAAAGUGCAGGAACAUACUCAGUUACAGCUGCUGAAUAAAGGAUCUGGACACUCAUUAAAAACAUUAACAAGUUAUUCAGUUUAUAACUUUCUGUCGAAAUAGGCUUCUUGUAAAAUCUGUCCAUUAGUUGUUUGUUCUAAAGAAACCUGGAGAUAAGAUUUGUUUGUGUCUAUCCAAUACGAUUUCAAUGAAGGUUCACUGUGUUAACUAGUAAAAUAAAACAGCAAUGAUUCCUCACUGUU